UAUUUUGGGAGAAGUUAUCCUUAUCCCUCUCGCUUCGCCUCUUUCUCUCUGACUGUUCAGUGUUUUGUGCGCCACAGCACUGCAAACUUGACGGACGUAGGCUUCAUUGGGACUGUGGACCGAUAUCAUAGCCUACCUUAUUGUUGGACUCGUGGGAAAUUCAUAACACUUUGGAGAUUAAGUAGUCUGAUUCAAAAACGAUUUUAGCAAUAUCGUAUUCUGUAAAAGGACGGUAUCCUUUGUCCUUUAAAAUCGGCUGUGUAUUUAGGCUAAUCCUGCUCUGUUCGGAACUCAAUUUUGAAAUUCAACUUUCUCUUAUUCAAUUUCCCAGUCUGGACUACCAGAAAUCAAGGUUGAUUUGUGGAUUAUCUGGACCAGAACUCACCGUAGCUGUUUGAAGGACCACAAUGGCUGGGUACUCUAGAGACGUGGUUCAAACCUUGCCUUGACAACAUCACAUAACUCUCAGCACCAAUCAGGUGUUUCUGGUCUUGUUGCGUAUUAAAUCAGACUUCAUCAGACAUCACCAUGCCUAUUCUCAAGCAGCUAACCUCAAACCAGUCCAAGCGUCGCUCCCGGGCCGACCUGACGGCGGAGAUGAUCAGCGCCCCUCUGGGGGACUUCAGACACACCAUGCAUGUGGGUCGUGGCGGGGACGCCUUCGGGGACACCUCUUUCCUAAGUACCCGGUCUGGGGAGCCCCCUAAAGAACAAGUUCCAGAGGUCCAGCAGAGCUCCCCUAUACCCAAACCAGGCCUGCUGUCCCGAACCUUCAGGAGCAGCAAGCGCUCCCAGUCGGUGAACCGCGGUGACAUGUACAAGAACAACUCGUUGGCGCCCCCCGGUGGCUCGCCAAACUUUGUGAAGAAUGCCAUCUCCCUGCCCUACCUCAAUGACGAGGACAUGGUCAGGAUGGGCGGUGGUCAGCAGAUGCCCAAGAGCGUCUCCUCCAGCCCUCUGAAGAAUCUGCCCGAGGUCGAUGGAAUCAGCAAACCAGUCAACGGUGCCGCGGCCAUGGCGAUGCUGGAUCUGGAGUUUGACGAGCGUAACUUUGGAGAACUGACUGACCUGCCCCCAUCACAUCCUCGGGGUGGCGGGAUGAAGCACGCGGAGUCCAUCAUGUCAUUCCACAUUGACCUAGGACCCUCCAUGCUGGGGGACAUCCUCAGUGUCAUGGAAAAGAAGGGCUGGGAGGAAGACGACCUAGGGUACGAGGAGGGGAAGGGCAGUGAGGGUCGCGGGUCACCCCCCUUUAGCCCUCCCACCACGGAGGAUGAGAUUGAGGACCAGGUGAAUCUACAGGCUCCAGUCAGGCCCCCACGCACCUAUCCUCAGAAGGUCAUGGCCGACCCCCUCUACACCCCUCGCAGGAACUACCACCCCCACAGCCACCUGGACAGCUGCUCCGUGUCCUCCUCCGGCUCUGCCGCUCUUGAGGAGAAACCACUCCACCACCUGCAGGAGGGGGACACGGACAGCGCCAAGUACAGCUCUCGGGGGGCUGGAGGGGAGGACGAUAAAGACUUCUCCUUCAUGGACGAGGAUGAUGAUGAGAUCAGGGUGUAAAACAGAACAGGGCUGUAAUGUCACCACCACAGAACGUGGUUUGUGAGGUCCCCGAAGGAGACAAUUAUUUUUCAUGAGUUUUGAUGCUAUAAUAAGUCUGGGAGGGGUUGGGAGCACGAUAAAGACUGGAAAAAUCCCCACAUAUGGAUCUAUCCUGAGAACUUCUAUACGGGGACAUCCUGUUCUGCUAUACCUCCUGGAUCAGGAAUAUCCAUACACCAGCUGUUAUUUAACCUUAUUUACUCCUGUGUGUGUGUGUGUGUCCAGCUGUUAAUGGAAACGAAAAUGCCUGUCCCAUGAGUCCAUUUCUCCAGCCCAUUACAGAAUUCCGUGUCGACCACUAACUCUCUCACUCACACACACACACACACACACACUGCAACUCUGAGACACCAGUUAUUGGUUUGAGGGAUUCUUUUUUGUAGAACUAUGAUCUGUCAUUAUGAUGAUCUAAUCCCACAGUUCCAAUAUGUCAUUAAAGUGUGUUUCUCCUUAUAAGGGGAUCAACCCUUAUAUCCACUCAUAUUCAACAUGAACCAUAUCCCACCAUUGUCUUUCCAUUCAGAGGAUUUCCCUUCAUGGUUACCAUAGCUACAGUCCUGGCUACAGUACUAGCAUAUUCCUUAUUGCGCAUUAUUAGGUAAGGAAAAACCAACCAGCGGUCAUGACACUGAUUGUCACAUUCUUUGAAAGCGGACAUAUGGAGAUUGACAAAGGUCACAGAGGUCGAAGCAUGAACUGUUGAUCACCCAGGUGGAGGUGCAAUGUGUGGGGUGUAGAGUCAUGUGAGGUCACGGACUGAACUGUAUAUUUCCCACACUGCUUUGGAGAAAGGAAGUGAAAUGUAUCCCAGCAUUCUUUGGGGCAUUGACUGGAUUGUAUGUGUAUGUGUGUUUUGAGUGAGGUGAGAUGCAGUUACAAUAUUGGUUUUGUUAAUGUUCAAAGGGUAAAUAAAGGUGGCUUCUCCUAUGUUUACUACAUACAGAAUUGAUAAGUUGGUCUUCAGGUUCUUAAUCAAUGGCACAACUUGGUUGUUCAUUAUUCCAACCAUUAGUCUGCUUUAUUGUACUCUUCACUAGACAUACUCUAUACAGCCAACACACUCUGAAGUCCUAAAUGAUCAGUUAGCUUGUAUCGUUUGUUAUCUAAUAAGUACUUCUAAUAAGGGGUCGAUCAUAUUGUGCACUGUUUUAAGUCACCAUGUUGAUUGGAGGAAUUUAGUUAAAGGUUGGAUUUUGUUGAUCUUUAGUUGUUCUAAAGCCUAACGUACUAGCCUACUCAGUGAGCCAGCUUAAGCCUUAGCUUUGGAGUUGAUUAGGCUAGGUUUGGGUUUGGCCGUGAGUCCAUGGCACUUUAGCUUAGAUCAAUGGACUCAGUCAUAUAUCCCCUGCAAGCACUGCUAAGGUGUAGCAACAGCUCACUCCCUAAAACACUAACUAUUGUACACAACAAAUCUUUGUUUUGUUUCCAUGUAAAUGUUUUAAAUUAACUUGACUUAUUAUUAAAUACAAAAAAAUGAAAAUUUUGAAAAUAAAUGGCCUUUUUGUAGAAGCGUUCAUGACCAGUAGUGCUUUUAUUGUACAAAUGUUUAGAAACCGAUGGAAACAAAUACAUAACUCACAGGAGCAGAGCUGGUGGUUGUGAACAAGAGAAGUGACCGUAAAGUAGACUGGCAUAUCUGUGGUCAUCUCUUCCCCCGUACACACCCCAGGCUUGUAGGAUCAGGAGAAAGAGAGGAGUUUGAAGGGAGGAGGGUAUCAGUAAUAGGAGAACACUAGUUAUAGUGACAAUAUUACCCUCCUCUCGCCAUUGUGCCACGCAGACCUGGCUACUGUAGGAGCAGAUUGAAUCAGCACACCCUCUUGCUUCCCUCUCAUUCAUAAACAUACUGUAGGAGCAGAUUAAAUCAGCACACCCUCUGGCUUCCCUCUCAUUCAUAAACAUACUGUAGGAGCAGAUUGAAUCAGCACACCCUCUGGCUUCCCUCCACCCUGUCAUUCAUAAACAUACUGUAGGAGUAGAUUAAAUCAGCACACCCUCUGGCUUCCCCCUCAUUCAUAAACAUACUGUAGGAGUAGAUUGAAUCAGCACACCCUCUGGCUUCCCUCCACCCUGUCAUUCAUGAACUUAGUUGGCUGAUCGGUCGGUAACCAAACCAACGACUCAUCCAUUCAUGAGUCAUAUGUUUGGGAAAGGAAAAGACAGGCGCGCCUGUUCCCUUUCCCUUUAGAUUCCUCCGACAGUAUUUGCAUCCCACAUGGCACCCUAUUCCCUAUAUAUCGCACUACUUUUGACAAGGGCCCAUAAGGCUCUGGACAAAAGUAGUGCACUAUAUUGGGAAUAGGGUGCCAUUUAGGAUGAAUAAAGUGUGACUAUAGGUCCACCUCCCUCUCAUUAAUUUGGUCAGAUAAAAAUCUAAUCUUUUAAAGUAAAGCAGGAAGUCCCUGCUCACGCCUUCCUGGAUCCCUGAGUAUUGUCGCGUUCAAAACAACUGGGAAUCUCUGAACUAAGUCUGAUUGGGAAAAUAAUUUUGAACAGUCAUCCAAGUCGGAAACUUGGGCAUCUUUCUAAAACUGACUUUAUUUUCCGACCGGAAGAUCAUUGAUGUUGCGAUUUGACCUAUUAUUUUUCCUCAGAGUUCCCAGUUGUCAUAAUCUUUAAUCUGAAUCAUAGACUUUAUGCUUGAGUGAGAGAAAAUUACAUUUGUGCCAUAUGUGACACUUGGGAUUACUGUUUUUGUUCCCUGUUAUGGUGUUGGUUGGUUGUUUGGAGGGAGGGAACACAUUAUCCAAUGGUAUUAGGUCAGGGGAGGAACCUAAUGCCAGGCAGGAUGUGACAUCACUCAGCCAUAUGUUCAUGCUAAGUAUGUUAGAGUUCCAUGUGUACAUGUCUGCAUUAAAGAGUUCAGAGAUUAAAAUGACCAGGUGGAAAUGUGCCAAGUAUGUAUGUAAUCAUCCUCUGACAUGUCAUAUUGAGUCUUGAUGUCUGAAGGAAACAUUUACGGGCUACAGCAGUACAGGGAACUUAAUCUCAGGCCUCUCACGCUGUUAAUUUGUAAAUGGGCCAAAUUUAGGAUUUCUUUGUUAUGUUCUUAUUGUUUUAAACUCAGUUGCUUGUUCCAUUGUUGUAGAAUAUGUCUAUGGAAAAUGGGUUAAACUGUUGCAAUCACUUAGCUGUUCUUCACCAAUGAUGGGACACUUUAUAAAGAACCUUUUAAUUUUCUAUCAAAGCACUCGUACCUGUCCACCCCCAUUUUAUUUGCUACUGAAGUGAAGUAGAUAAAUACUAAUGGUGCCAUCCA